AUGAUGCUCUAUAAAUUAGUCGUACUUGGAGAUGGUGGUGACAACAGUAACCCUAACAAAUUGAUGCAUAAUCAGACCGCCUUAACAAUCCAGCUUUGUCUUAACCACUUUGUCGAGACAUACGAUCCGACGAUCGAAGACUCGUACCGCAAGCAGGUCGUGAUUGACGAUCAACCAUGCAUUUUGGAAGUCUUGGAUACUGCUGGCCAGGAAGAAUAUACUGCGCUGAGAGAUCAGUGGAUCAGAGACGGUGAAGGUUUCUUGCUCGUGUACUCUAUCACAUCCCGCUCAACAUUUGAACGCAUCGAACGGUUCCGUGACCAAAUUUUCCGUGUGAAAGACGUGGACGAUGUACCGUUAAUGUUGGUCGGCAACAAAUGUGACAAGGUGACAGAACGAGAGGUGACGCGUGAAGAAGGAUAUGCCAUGGCCAAACGAUUGGCUUGUGACUUUAUUGAAACCUCGGCCAAGACAUGUGUCAACGUCGAACGAUCGUUUUAUCAGGUCGUCAAAGUCAUUCGUGCGCAGCGCGAAGGGUUGAAUACAAGCCCGAAGCAUAAGAAGGCUAAAAAGGAAAAGAAGACAAAGUGUUCAAUCCUGUAA